AUGGGUAACUAUCAAAAAUUUAAAAGAUCAUGGAAAUGUCCUACUUGCACCAACAUUACGGAACGGCGAUCCAGAAACGACGACACACCGGUAAAAGUUAACUGUGGGGAUUCGUCACCAUUUGAUGUCAUUAACAUGUCUAGUGAUAACAUGCAAGUAAAUGAACUGCCGCCUUCGGAUUUUGAGCACCGUGGAGGUAAAAAACAAAAUAUUUCUACUUUUUCUUUAGAAGAAUUAGGUAAAUUGCUUGACGAUAAAUUGGACACUAAGUUACAAAACACUCGUCACUCAUUAGAUUCAGAUAUUAAGCAAGAAUUUAAUGAAGUUUUAAUGAAGUUGGAAAGUGAGUUUUUUAAAAUAACCGAAUCCCUAACAGGAGCAAUAUGCGACUUAAAAAGAGAUAUAAGUACACUUCGCGAAAAAGUUCAAACACUUGAGCAAGAAAACAUAUAUGUACGUAAACAAGUAGAAAGUGAACAAAAUAAGCCUUCAAACAUUUCACAUAUGGAGACCAUCAUAAAAGAAUUAAAACAGGAAAUAAAUGACAAGGACCAGAAAGCGUUGCUCAAUGACAUUGAAAUAUUUGGAAUACCUGAAGUUUCAAGUGAAACCCCAGUGCAUAUAAUGUCGACAGUUGCAAAUAAGCUGGGAGGUACCUUAAAUGAUCAUGACAUAGUAUUUGCGGAGCGCGUCGCUCGCCAUUCGAGUAAUCUACUUCAAGAGGUGCAAACAGGGAAUCAAAACCGUAUAGAGGCACGUCCUAGGGGACGUUGUGCGUUUAGCACGCCGCAUCACUCGUGA